CUCAAUGUGAUCAAUUAUCCCCAUGGGUCCUAACCUUUAGGCUCAAACUGAACGAGUCUGUCGAAGCAUUUAGGGAAACCUUCGUCCUAAUCAGUCCCAGCCAGAACCCCUCCGAAUUCAUCCCCAGUUAACACCGAACGGGCCGUUGUAAGCUGAUGGAAGGUUUCCGGAUAGAGGUUGAGAGCAAGCUGCCUGCGACAUGGAGCGAGGGUGAAUGGACGCAGGAUUGGGGACACGGAGUAUGAGUGUUUGAAAUGGGCGAAUCAUCGAAAUUGGCUCCAAGCGCCAUCUUGCUAUGGUUCAAAACUCGACGAUUGUCAUGGAUAGCCACCGCACAUUGCUCCCAUAAAUCUCGUGUCUGGGUACAUGUAUCCAUAUCUCGGCCCGUCUAUGGCCUCUCAGGUAUAUCCAAUCCAGUGCCCAUCCCUUCCAUAGCUGAGCCAUCUUCUCGGCGUACAACUGCAGUCACACUGGGAUGUGUAUCAUGCGCUGCGUUACGCUGCCCGCUGAUAAAAUCCGUUUUGAGAAUCAUCUUCGUUUGGGCUUCGGAAUUCAUUUCCAAUCGCCUGCCCAUCGCACAGCCCCUUGGAUCUGGCCUUGAAGUGUUCAAGGACAUCCUAUUCCAGUUCUGUUUUCAGCUCCACCAACCCACUGGUUGGGGCUUGCACCCCAUCACGUUCACCAUCCUUGUUGAUCACAGCAAUCCCCGGGCCCCAUUUCGCCCCUCCCUCACAUCGCUGGCUGGAACAAAGUACCCUCCUCAAAGUCUCUGCCGGGUAGUGCGCAGUGUGCAUCGCACCCCGACCAUUUCAGGCAAUCGCAGCCGUCAUUCGUACGACUAUGGCAGAAUAACUGCUAAGUACCAUCCCUAUGCAAAACAUCCGUCCCAUGAAUACAUGCGGCUGCAUCAAUGUCUCCGACAGUGGCAAGGUGCUUGCUUAUAGGAAACCUGAUUCGGCCAGAACCCUGCGCAUUGCAAUGACGAGUAAGCAUGCUUCUUUUUCGUUUUCUUGUGAUAGAGAAGACGGGUUCUCAAGGCCAGGAGAGCGAGCCCCCGUAUGAAGAGGAUGGAUUUCGGGGUUUU